AUUUGUUGAAAGGCCAUGACUGUAUUUUCCAGGAUAUUAAAUGAAUGUAAACUGGCAAAUGUGGCCCAGGAAAACAUGCGGAGUGGCUGCACUACGUUACCCAGAAUGCACCUGAGCGGGUGGCGGUCGCACCUGUGGAACCGGCUUGAGAAGGAAGGUGAGAGCAGCAGCAGAGCAGCGAGACUGACGGCAGACCUCUUUCUCUCUCUCACCGUGUGUGUGUGUGUGUGUGUGUGUGUGAGAGAGUUAUGGGAUCCUGACCCAUGGAUCCUCAGGACGACUCCUUCGACUUCCUCUUCAAGAUCAUCCUGAUCGGGGACUCAAACGUGGGCAAGACCUGCCUGGUGCAGAGCUUCAGUACGGGCCGCUUCAGCGAGCGCCAGCAGAACACCAUCGGCGUGGACUUCACCGUGCGCACGCUCCGCAUCGAGGGCCGCAGAGUGAAGAUGCAAGUAUGGGACACGGCGGGACAGGAACGCUUCCGCAAUAUCACGCAGAGCUACUACCGUAGCGCACAUGGAGCCAUGAUUGCCUACGACAUCAGCCGCCGGGACACCUUCGCCUCGCUGCCGCGCUGGAUCCAAGAGCUAAAGCAGUUCGGUGCCGCUAACGUGCUCACCGCGCUAAUCGGUAACAAGCGAGACCUGGAGGCGGAGCGCGAGGUGCAGUUCGAGGAGGCGUGUAGGCUAGCGGAGGAGAAGGGCCUGCUAGCGGCGGUGGAGACGUCGGCGAGAGACGCCUGGAGCGUGGAGGAGGCCUUCGUCAUCAUGGCUCGCCGGCUGCUGAUGCAGAACGACACCAGCGUCACAGACGACCACACACACGCCGUAAUGCUGCGGAGUAACUCACACACCGUCAGCCUGACCUCAGCAUCAGCCGACGAGAAGAAGCCCUGCCAGUGCUGAUACACACACACAAACACACACACCAGCCUGACCUCAGUCACCGACGUGAAGCCCUGCCAGUGCUGAUACACACACGACUGCUUCACUGAACACGAGGCUUGGAGAUCACGUGACCCGUGAACUGCUCAUGUGUGUGUUCUGUUACAGUGAUUUCACCACACACACACAUAUAUUAAAAGCACACUGAGCCAAAGCUGACACUUGCUUCCCCCUCACACAUCAUCAGCUGUGUGUACUGUGUGUUUAACUCUUGUGACCCACGCCAGACUCCCAGAAAGCAGAUCUCGCCCCCCUCCUGCAUCUCCAUCUCAGAGUAGGGUGACCACCUGCUAAUAAGCCCAAGGGGGGACAAGGGGUAUGUUUCUGAGGGACAAUGUGGGACACUGC